CUCCCACGGAAACAAUUCAACAUCCCGGCCUCUGCGACAAUCCUCUCCUUUCACCACCAUCUCCUGGCCCCCUGUUAUACUUCAGGAGGGCUCCCAACGCGAGCACCUAGGACCGCGCGCUCACGACGAGUAGCGCAGAUCCCGGACCAUGAUUGGCAAGCGCCCGAGGGCGAAGGAGGGCGCGGCACUUAGGAGGCAGCGCCAGCGACGCGACGAACACGAGGUCCUCCUCGAGCUGGAGUCUUUUCAGAAUGGUCAAUACGAUGUAUCUUACGCGCUUAACAUUGGGGUCGGCGAGCCCGCGCAAUCCCUCUCGGUCCAAGUUGACACGGGCUCGUCCGACAUGUGGGUGGUCGGUGCAGACUGCGACUCAGGUCCUUGCCAUGACGCUGGCGCUCACUACGAUGCAUCCACCUCGAAGACCAUGCAAGGCUCUGGCGGCACGCCCUUCUCGAUCGCGUACCUCCAGGGCAGCGUCGCUGGCGAGAUCGUAUACGACGCGGUCCGCUUCGGAGACGACGACGAUAGCUUCGUCAUACCCGCGCAAGCCUUCGCGGCGGCUUCGACGGUCGACAACGAGCCGCUGUCGCACAACUUUGACGGCGUACUAGGCCUCGCAUUCUCCGCGAACUCGAUCAUCCGCCAGCAAGUGCCUGCUCCCGAGGAAGAGGACGCGGACGACCCCAACGCUGAAUCUAUCACCUAUAACUUGUUCCGCAUUGACAACCCACCCGCGAGCGCGUUCAUCUCCCUCCUUCUCGAGCGCCCUGGCAGCGAUCGCUAUUCCUCGAUCAUGGGCAUCGGCGCGCACCCGUCCCAGAAAUCCUUGCGCCUCUCGCAAUCCCCCGUCGACGCGCUCCACUUUCUCAACCUUGUCUCCUCCACCUCCGGCCCCCUUCUCUUCAACGUGCUUCUCACCGACGUCACCGCGCACCCCUCCACCGUCGACGGGCAUGCAAACGAGCUGGCCGAGGACCAGUCGCUGCUCGCCACCCCGCUGCGCGCCAUCCUCGAUUCGGGCGUCCCGCUCAUCCUCACCCGGCCCGACGUCGCAAAUGCGAUCUACGGCUCCGUCGGCGUCGGGCCCGGCGCGGACGGGCUGUACUACAUCCCAUGCGCGACGCCGUUGAACCUUACCUUUACGCUCGCGGACACCAGCACGGGCGUCAAGGUGCAGAUUCCGGUGCACCCGGUCGACCUUAGUCUCGACACCAUCGGCGAGAGCGGCGCGAACUCGGGUGGCGGUGGUAGGUGUACGGGCGCAAUUCAGGCGACGACGAAUUUGGGGAGCGGGACGGCGGCGUCGAGUGUGGAUAUCGUGCUGGGGACGCCGUUCAUGCGGAAUGUGUACAGCGUGAUGGCGUAUCGGAAUCCGAGCACGUUCGACAACCAGACUGCGACCACCAGCGACGACGACGAUGACGACGAGAAGGACGAUAGGCGGAGAUCUCUCCGACAGCGGUCGACUCCACCACCACCACCCUUACCCAGGAGAAGACGACGGACGGUGGCUGAGCCGACCGUCACAGACUCGGAAGACCCAUUCAAGACAUACUUGGAUCGGUACUCGCGGAUCAACUACCCUCCCUCCUCACUCUCGUCAAUACCCUUCAACCAUAGUUACCCCCGCGCCUUCGACGACGAUACGCCCUACCUCGGACUCGUACCCCUUACCGACUAUGUCUGGGCUGCCGAGGAGUUUGAAGCCGUGCGAAUAAAUGGACUGGCAUACCCGAAAGCAGACGGAACGAUGAACACGAAGGAGAGCUCGAGUAGCGCCAAGGGUGAGUUUCGUAUGGCACUAUCCGCGUCUCCGAUCCUGCGUCUGCUGCAAGACCUUUCUGUUCGAACGUUCUUUGUGCGAAGGUUUCCUCUUGCCCCCGAGGAUGAUGUCAAUAGAGCCGGCAGAGAUGUUCGUCCGUGUGGGCCGGGGAUGGUGUGUGCCGAUCUCGAUGGGAUGGACAGCCACGGAGGAAUGAUCGCUGUGCCGUGCUGCGCGAUACAUGUGCUAUCGACCACGUUCGCUUCCCCGAAUGGCGAGGGUUGCCCCGCUUCGGUCGGAUGCUCCUGCUUUCGCUUCCGAUGUGGGGUACUAUGCUUCCGUUUUCCCGGCCUUCACUGUCGUUAGCUUGCUUGCUCCUCCUUCAAUCGGGACUGACUCGCACUCUCAGGACUCUCGACCGGUAUCAAGGUCCUGAUCGCAUGUCUGGGUAAGUUGUACAGUUGUGUACGGUGG